UAUUCCAGUACACCUGCAGCGCUCUGGUUACCUCGGAACAAGGAAAUGAAUCAGGCAACAAAUAAACUGUAACUGUUAGUCUCUUAAAACAUGAGCAACUAUGGGAAACAGUGUAACGAAAUCCUUGGAUAAAUGGGGUUUAAAUUCAAGCAAAUUCUCUCUGAAGCGGUCAGUGAGUAAAGCUCCACCUGCAGUCUCACCCCAUCAGGCUGCAGAGACACACAUAUAUGACCCAGUGGCUGUGGACAGCAACAACGCUAAAGUCAACAGGAGGAGGGAGCCUGAUACAGAGGGCUUACACUAUGCCGAUAUCCAGGUGCUUCACUCUGCACGCCCGACCAAGCAAGAGAAGCAGAGGAGGGGCGUGGCCAAUAAGAACACCACUGAGUAUGCAACAAUAGACUUUCUGAGGGGUGUUAAGACACCUGCGCCCCUAGAACCUGCAGAUAUACUCAUCCCCCCUGGAGACCUGCAAAGACCGAUGGCUAAGACUCGCUGCAAGAAGAGUGCUUCCUCAAAGCGUGCUGUAUUGGUGUGAAUCUUUUUUUUCUUCUUUUUUU